CAGCAUCACUCUGAGACAAGACCUUUCUAAUUUUAGAGAUAUUGCGUAAAUGCAAAAAAGCAGUCCUACAUAUUUGUUUAAUAUGCGCUUUGAAUGGCAUAUCCUGAUCAAAAAUGAUCCAGGCCGCUAAAUCCUCGUUGUCUGCUAGAGUCUCGAGCGACGAGGCAGUGGACUUGUAUCUGAGGCAAUGGCCGACAUCUCAUAUAGACACGUGCAUGCAUGAUUUAAAACAGACUCUACACGGGACGAUAUGGUCUAAUUGAAACUCGGGUGAUGGAUGGAAGACAGACUGAACAUGUACUUGGAUAAGACAAUGAAUAUGGAGGGGGAUGUCUACCAGUUGAAGUCGGAGGUUGCUAUGCUACAGCUAAAACUAGACGACUUGGAAGGAUGGCAGCGCCGAUGCAAUACUCGCAUUAUCGGGAUAAAAGAGGGAAUUGAGAACAGCGGAAGCCAACGACCUACAGAUGCUAUUGCUACGAUACUUCAGGAGCUUCUGGGCUUUGACUCUGCUCUGACUUUGGACCGGGUCCACCAUGACCAACGACCACCACCCAGCGAUGGAGAACCCCCAAGAGUUAUGGUGGUGAAAUUUCACUAUUUUCAAGAUAGAGAGAAAUAGUGUUGUGUAAAGUUGCCCACACAACCUCACUGACCCUCCAUGAAAGUGAGUAUCUUCCCUGACUACACCACUGCGGUUGGCUAAGAGGAGAGCAGUGUUCAUGGAGGCUAAGCGGCUCCUGCGGAACUGUCAGCGGAUCAAGUUUGGGAUCGUCUUUACUGUGGUUCUAUGCAUCACCCAAUCAGGCCAAGAAAAACAAUUCAAGGACCCAUCUGUAGCGAUUGACUUUAUUUGGAAGAAUCUAAAGCCUUAGGACAUGGACCUUUUUUUGAGAUGCAACGGCUAAUGUUGAUAGUUUAAGACACUGAGAAGAGAAGUUUCCACUCGGUUUGCAUAACUUUUGAUUUGUCUUUCUUUUUCUUUCUUCAGUGUGGGACUAGUAAUGUGGCCUUUAUUUAUUUUUGUUUGCUUGUCUGUGGGCUCCUGCCAGCAGCUAGACAUGUCGCCCAGGGCUUCCCCCCUUGUUGGCUGUCGGGGAAGGAGCCACUGGGGGCGGGCCUCAUACAUUGAGACCAUUGGAUGUGAUGUUGCUUCACGGGUGUCUAUAUGAAAAAUACAAAUCUAAAAUUAAAAAACAAUGAGAUAAAUAUAUUAUAUAUUUAAUUAAUUAAUUAAUUAUUAUGAUAUUAUUAUAUUAUUAUUGUUAUAAUAUUAUUAACAUAUUAUUAUACUAUAAUAUAAAAAUAAUAAUAAAAAAUCUAAUAUAAAAAAAUAUGAUUAUCUAAUGCUCAUUUAUAUCUACCUAUUUCCAGUCAUUAAUUAGUCAAUCAAGUCAUUAAUUAAAAAAAUGUUUUUUUUGGAAAAACAUUAAGGCCAUAUGUGGUCACUGAAAAGGCAUUGUCAUGGUCUGGCUUUGUCUGCCUCCCUGUCCUGUCUGUUUUUAACCUUGAGUGUAGUUUGUGAGUUUUUCCCCCAGAUGGUGCACUCAGAGCCAAGGAACACCUGCUGCUUAUCAUCGCAACACACCUGAUGUGCAUAAGCAGCUCAUCCGCACACCUGACAUGCAUAGCAGCCGAUCAGCAGCAGGCUACUUAAACCCAGGCUUUCAGCUUAUUCACUGCUGGAUUCUAGGUUUUUCGAUGUCCUUGCCAUGAAGCCAGAUUCUCUGCCUGACAUUCCAUGACCUUGACCUCGCCUUUCAUGCUGCUUCUAUGUGCUCUGAUGACAGAGCUUCCUGCAGCUAUAUUCAAGUUAAAGAAUGCGACAUCCCUGAAUGAGCUGUGGCUGCGUUCUGAAAAACACUCCAGCUCGAUUCAUGAGGACACUGGAGAAUAAGAAGAAUGUUGUAGCUGAUUACAUUCAGUGGUACUUCAUCAACAAAAACUAUCUUUCCAUCCAGAGUGAGACCAGACUGACAGCUGAUGCUGUGGAGAACAUCUUCAAUGUGCAGUUCAGUCACCUGGCAGCUCCAGGCCUCGAGAGGAAACAAGAGUACGGAGCUACUGCUUUAUGUGGAAGUUCAUUAAAUGGACCCGGAGAUUGUCAUCACCACAUAGAGCUGGCAGAAUGUCAUCAAACUGGUGCAGGACUUCCUGAGACACUUGGAAUCCACAAUCUGCUCCACCGCACCUUUAGGGAUGCUGGUCUGAAGUAUAUCAGUCAGCCCGUCCGGCGCCUCACACCCUGGCCAAAGAAGAAUAAGGUCCAACCCCUAUUAAAGAGAGUGGUUCCGGAGCCGAGGCUGUGUGUGGAGGCGAGGCUCACCAGAUCUAACGCGCUCCACCUCCCACACAAGCUCCUUCCCCCACAGCGAGGUGAUGUUCCACACCCCAGGGCUAGCCUCUACCACUCGGGUCUGGUCCAUCGAGGCCCUCAACUUUCACUGCCACCCAUGGGACAGUGCAUCUGACCCCACCAGGAGCACAAAGGCUCCAGACAACACAGCUCUCACGUUCAUAGGGGCACACAAGCCUCU